AUGUUUAUUAAAUUUUAUUUUUUUAUAAUUUUUUUAAUUUUAAAUUUUAAAAAUAAUUAUGCAUCACCGACAUUAUUAGAUUCAGUAUUAUCUUCAACAUCAUCAUUAUCUUCACCGGGUAGUUUUUUUAUAGAGACAGAAUUUUGUCCACCACCAUUAUUGUAUAGAUAUUCAUCAGAUUUGGAAGGUGAUAAAGGUAGAGGUUAUAAAUAUGUAGAAUUUCCUAAUGGUACAAUGAGUCAUUGUGUACAUCCUUGCCCUUCUUUAUAUUUCAGUGAUGGAGAUUGGACAACAAUGAUGGAUAUGUCUUUAAUAGUUGCAACAAUUUCAUUUUUCGCUUCAAUUUUUUUAAUUCUUACUUAUUCUCCAUUAAUGAAUCCUUCAUAUAAUAAUAGACAUACAAUAGGUAUUUUAUCGAUGUCAUUUGGUAUUUUUUUAAUUAUGUUUACUGAUAUGUAUAAUUUAAAAAAAAGGUUUACACUUGGAUGUCCAUCAGAAACAAGAUAUGCUAUACAAAAUGAUGCAGAUUGUCUUAUUACUGGUUUAAUUUUUCAAUUUGGGUGUGUAAGUGCAGUCUUUUUUUGGACUGCUUUAUCACUUGAUUUAUACUUUCAAAUUACAAAUAGAAAUAUCUCAAGAAAAUAUGAUCUUUAUUAUUUCAUUGGUGUGAAUUUAAUAAGUUUAAUAUUCACUUUUGUUCCUGUAAUUAGUAAAUCAUAUGGUUAUGGUGAUUUUGCAUUAGGAUGUUGGAUAUUAGAUUUUAAUUAUGCAUUAGGUUGUUUUUGGAUACCAUUAUCAGUAUGUUUAAUUUUUAGUACAGUUGUAGUUUUAAUGAUUUUAUAUGAAGUUUAUAAAAUUUAUAAAGCAUCAAAUCAAAAAACCUCAUUAAAAGGUCAUAUUAAACCUUUAUUAUGUUUAAUUUCAAAUUGUUUUGAAUUUUUUUAUGUUUUUGGUUACUCUUUAUAUUUAGCUACAAAAUUAACAGAAUUACACGAUAAUAUGGACGCAUAUAUUAAAUGUUUAUUUUUAAAUUCUCAAAAUGAUCCAGAUUCAUAUACUUGUCCUGAUCAUAGAUUAAAACUUGGACCACAAUUUUUAUUCUUUUUAUCUUUAAGAUUAUUAGGUGUUUCUGGUAUUGUUUUUUAUGGUACAAAUAGUAAAGUUAGAAAAAUUUGGAAAAAUUCAAUACUCAUAAAUAAUAGAUUUAUAGGGAAAUACUUUAGUUUUAAUAGUGGUACAUCAACACCAGUCGGUUCAAAAAAUAGAUCAAAAACUUCAUCUCAAUUAUAUGAUAAUUCAUUUGGCGAUAGUGGUAUUUUAGAGGAAAUUAGAGAAUAUGAUGAAAAAGUUAAAAAUGGUAUUAUAGUCACACCAGGUGGUGAUGAUGAUAAUAUUAAUAAUAAUAAUAAUAAUAAUAAUAAUAAUAAUAAUAAUAAUAAUAAUAAUAAUAAUAAUAAUAAUAAUAAUAAUAAUAAUAAUAAUAAUAAUAAUAAUAAUAAUAAUAAUAAUAAUAAUAAUAAUAAUAAUAAUAGUAAUGAAAAUAACGAAAACAAUACUCAAGAAAUAGAAUUGACUAAUAUAAACACAAUUGAUAAUGUUUAA